AUGUCAGGCUCCGUCUCAUCCUUCCGAAGUCGAGGUUCCAGCUAUGCCGAAAGCACGCCUGGGACCAGUCCUGAUCACGACGUCAUCCAUGGAACAGACACGUGGGCUCCGAGAAAACCACAGGUACAUCGCAUCGAUCUAGAUCGCCGAGACUCCAUGUCUACCGACAAUGGCUCGCAUUCUGGCUCGACGCUGCCGCCAGGCGAGGAGGCUGAGGAGGAGAUGGAACUGAAGACGCCUCGGCCAGUCAGAGAGAAGUUGGCGUUUGUCGGUGCCAGAGAACAGACCCUAAGCCCGAUGGCGUACGAGCAAGCCCCUCCCUCGUCCACUUUCUCACCCUCACCAAAUGGAGCGGUGUUCAAUCAGCGGUCAGACUUAGCAGUUGCAGGCUCCAUGACGGACCUAUUGCAAACACUCCUUUCCAAAGUCUCCACCCUUGAACGCCGCCAGCCGACCGUCAUGGCAGAAGAACACUCUUCCAUGCAGACACGCUUCCGAGAACUAGAGAAGGAACACAAAUCCCGCACAACAAAGUAUCUCGAUCUACUCACGCUCCGCAACGGAGACCUCGAGAACCUGAUCAAAGUCCGGGACCUCCUGGCCAAGGAACGCCGCGCGCACGACGAAUUGAAACUGCUGCGCGAUGAGGAUCUGAGAAACGUCAUCGAUCUCCGCGAGAAGCUUGCCAGCACGACUUGGGCCGUCAGUCGUCCAGGCAUGGGCAUGCCCGACACGUCGAGCCCGGGCGGAUUUGGACACACACACUCGUCUUCCGGGACCAAGCUGAGCAUGAAGCAGAGCGACUACCUAUGGCAGGUGGCGCGGACAGCCGCCAUGGAACAACGUGUUCUAGAGCUCGAGAGCGCGAACAAAGAUCUGCGAACGCAGCUACAGUCUGGCCUGGCCAUGCCCUCGUCGUCGUCGUCACAGAUGGCAAUGGGCGCAACCAGUCUCGCCAUGAUGCCUUCUGCGGCUGCCGGUGCCAUGCACGCUGGUGCCGGCAUAGACGCCCACUUCAUCUCGCGGAUCGAGACCAUGUUCGAGGACAGCCUUCGACAGCGCGAGAAGGCAGCCACUAAGAUGCAGGCUCUAAGAAGCGAGAAAGACAACCUGCUCAAGGAUGUCGCUUCGUUGGAGGAUCGCAAUGCCGAGCUCGAGUCUCUUGUUGAAAGGCUGCAACGCAAUCUGAGGGUAUGA